AUGGCUUCUCUUGACACUAUUAAUACACUCCUACCUCAGUAUUCGGUGUUAAACCAGGAGCCUGACACUGUUGCCCUCUCAGGCGACGAUCUUGGCGCGCACAGGGAACUCACUCAUUCGCAAGCUGACACCUUAGCUGGGGGCACUUCCCACUCAGGCAAUAGCAAUUCUAGGGUUUCGGUUUCAUCAGUUCCCCCUCGAUAUUUGUUCGUUCCCUCUCAAUAUUCUCACCUGUUCAAUGUUCCAUCCCAGCAAGUCACAGAAGAAGGGGUCUCGCACACCGAACACACAUACAGCAUCUGCAGUGGGUUGAAGAACAAGCCAUGGGCUACGUUACGUGUAUUCAGCCAACCUCUGCUCAAUGCUUCACCAAGACACCAGAAGUUUCCCUGCUUCUCAAGUGGUGAUAUGAUUGCGGGUUUGAUUGAGUUCACGCUGGAUAGCCCUCAGACUGUCAACUCUAUGACUGUCUCUGUCCAUGGGCACAUCAUAAGAGGUUACCUUGCUGAAGAAUCCGACACAUUUCUUGACCACCAAGUCAGCAUCUGGACACGCGCCGAUGGGGAUCCCCGUUCCCCAGAACCAGGGUCCAACAAAAAGUUCAAUGGAAGACUUAAGGGGACGUACCAGUUCCCCUUUGUAUUCCCCUUCCCCACCCAUGUAGAUAUAUCGACUUCUACUCCCUUCCUCCCACCGUCAUUGCAAACUUCUUCGGACUCUAUCUCUACAUCCAGUUCGAGUCCUGCGACAGCAACAACAUCGAUUUCGUCUCCACCUGCCACUGUGCCACCUGGUUCACGCUUCCAUUCACUCAGUAUACCCGCGAAUGCCACUUAUUCUCCAGGUUCAGAGAACCCCUCAUCUGUGCACUUGAGUACGAACGCCCCAGAAGAGUCAGAGAAGGCGAGACUGAAACGAGCAGUAGAGGAGCAAGACCGAGCAGCAGAGGAGCAGGACCGAGCUCUGGCACAACUUGAAGGCCGCAGUCACACCCUUCCAAUGCAUGUAUUUCCUGUUCCUCAAACUUUCUUGGAGCGUGGCAUCCAUGCGAACGUGCAAUACGAGCUUGGCUUACAUGUUGCGCACGGGAUGCUGCGCCCGGCUAGCAAAUUGAAUACAACGAUCGUUUAUACACCUUCUGUCACCCCUCCCCCAGCUUCGGUCGCUCGCCAGCGAGUGUAUACUGAACAUGCCCUGCUGCCUGGACCAGCACAAGAUCCGGAUGGAUGGCAAACUCUCCCGAAAGUUACGGUUUCUGGGGAGCUUCUAGGCCAGCAAAAAGUAGAAGUGGAAUGUACUCUCUCACUUGCCAAACCCCUUUGUUAUACCCAUGGCACCAUCAUUCCGUGCUACUUGACCCUUGAAAGCUCAAAUUCCCAUGCUCUCAGCAUUCUCUUAACACCCAAGUCUCCCAUUGUCCGGCUCACACGGCGGGUCCGCUAUGCCCAAUAUUCGUCACCAGCCACUGAGAAUUUCUCAAACGAACCACCGACUUCCAGUGACUCCCUUGCUGCUGGGUUCUCAAACUCACUGUCCAGAGUCAAAGAAUUCAAUAUCGGUGGUGGUAAACAUGGGGACGUGAAGGAGGUAGAUGAAAUCGAGUUGGCAGUAUGGUGGGCCCCACCUAAGGAUGCUCCACAGGAUAUGUAUCUGAAGACUUUGGAGGGCAAGAUACAUCUCGCCAAGGACUUACAGCCUACGUGCAGGUUUCCUUCAUUUAGUGUCGAGUUUCCCCGUGGAGAUCGCUACACAUUAUGCGGAGGAAGGCCCGUGCCACGUGCAUUCACCAAACCUAUGUCUGACCGAGAACAAGAGAAAAGGAAGAAGGAAAAAAAGGAGCAGGUGAGAGAAGUUGAUGAUGGUGUGACUGUCAAAUAUGGAAACAGUCUUCCACCAGCUCCAUUUUCCUUCAAGGGCAUUUUCUGA